AUGGCCGGUACCGGGCCCAAAUACACCCCUCCGGCGUCCCCCACUGCGUCAUUUUACGACAUCAGUGACCAGGAUGAGGGCGACUACAGCACUAUCUCCCACCUUCAGACUCGGAGAGGGGUGAAGCUCUUAUUCUCGAAGAGCAAGGUCUAUGUUCAUCCCACUCCGUCGUCCAAAGAUAACAUCCCCGGGUUUAUCGCCCUAAUCCAACAAAGACCCUUGGCUCCUUUAGGGGAGUCUCGAUCUGCGAGUCCGCCAAAUAACUCUGAUACUUCCUCCUAUCUCCUGGCCUGGGUUCCCGAGUCUUCCCUGGGCGACGCGUACAGUACCUAUGUCAAGGUUGAUCUGUCAGAUGACUCCUCGGAGCCGCGACAAAAGUACCUAGUGCCUCCACUUCCCACGACGACGAAUUACAAGGACACGAUUGGACUCUAUGCUUUUGCCGUGCCGUUAUCCGAAGUCUACUCGUUGCUCGUGCGCCCUCCAAGUUUGGGGUGGUGGUUCGGUAGCCUCGUGAUCAAUACCCGGGCCGGCGAUAGCUUCCCCGCGCUCUUCUUCCAUGACACAGAAUGCGAGUCGACUAUUUUACAAAAGAAGAGGAGGACCCGGGAGAACUUUGACCCAUUCGGGGAAGAUGGAAAUGUUUUCUGGGGCGGCGAUGAGGUUUUGCGCUGGCUGCGGAAGUAUGUGGAGGUACAACGCUCUGCCGUUGACCAUAGCGUCUACCUGAUCAACCCAUCCGACGAGGACCGACUUUCGUUUGGAAAACCUCUCACGGCUGGUGGGUCGGUUCCAAAAGGUCGGGGCCAGCCUGCGAACCCGACCCAAGCGAGUGAAAGCACUCCACAUGACGCGGGGAUGGACCCUUUUACCAAGGCCCUCAAGGAGACCCGGUGGAAGGUCCUUGAGCAACUAAGCAAGAUUACCACAUACACACGGCGAACCGCCAACGACAUUGCCGAUAAUCAAAUGAUCCCACCGCAGGUCCGUCGCCUGAUGAAAACCCCAGAGAUCCAAACGCUACAGGAUGAAUUCGACAGCGCUAGGAUUUAUCUUGCCCGGUGGGCCAUGAGCCUCUCAGAGCAGAGUGAGCGGGAGAAGAACCAGCGGAUAUGGACCGCGAAAGAUGUCUUGGAGAUGGAAAACAGCUCGGUGGGCGAUUUCGAGAUUCUAGACAUGGAGACGGGGAUGUUGUCGAUCAACGACCGGCGCAAGGUUCUUACUUUGGAGGAAUGGGAACAGUUUUUUGAACCGAAUACCGGCCGACUGCAAGUGACAGUGGACGAGGUCAAGGAGAGAAUCUUUCACGGCGGUUUAGAACCUAAUGAUGGCGUUCGGAAAGAAGCCUGGCUCUUCCUCCUCGGGGUGUACACUUGGGACAGUAGUCGCGACGAGCGGCAAGCGUUGAUGAAUUCCAAGCGCGACGAGUACAUUCGAUUGAAGGGCGCCUGGUGGGAGAGGAUGAUCGAUGGUUCUUCGGAUCCGGAGCAGCACGACUAUUGGAAGGAACAGCGGAAUCGCAUCGAGAAGGAUGUCCACCGUACUGAUCGUACGAUCCCCCUCUUCGCAGGGGAAGACAUCCCCCAUCCCGAUCCUGACUCUCCAUUUGCAGAUGUCGGAACCAACGUGCAUCUCGAGCAGAUGAAAGAUAUGCUCCUGACGUACAAUGAGUACAAUCCUGAUCUAGGCUACGUCCAGGGUAUGAGUGACAUGCUGGCGCCUAUAUAUGCGGUAAUGCAGGACGAUGCCGUGGCAUUCUGGGGGUUUGUCGGAUUCAUGGACCGGAUGGAGCGCAAUUUCCUCCGUGACCAGUCCGGCAUGCGGGCGCAACUUCUGACCCUAGACCACCUUGUUCAACUUAUGGAUCCCCAGCUCUAUCUCCACCUCCAGUCUGCCGACAGCACGAAUUUCUUCUUCUUCUUCCGCAUGUUCCUAGUCUGGUACAAGCGCGAGUUCGAGUGGUGCGACGUCCUGCGCCUCUGGGAGGCUCUAUGGACCGAUUACCUCUCCAGCAGCUUUCACCUAUUCAUUGCCAUGGCAAUCCUGGAGAAGCACCGCGACGUAAUCAUGGACCACCUGAAGCACUUUGAUGAGGUCCUCAAGUACAUCAACGAACUCUCCAACACCAUGGAACUCGUCCCGAUCCUCACCCGCGCGGAGUCCAUCUUCCACCGUUUCGAGCGCGCCGUCCAAGCCAUCGACAAGAAAAACAACUUCCCUGCCCACGCCCCCGCCGAAUCCAACAAAGGCAAGUCGCCUCAGCGACCGCCCCGCACCACCGGCCACAGCAGUAGCGUCAACGCGGGGCCUUCCAAGUCAGGCCCGAAGGACGAGUCAAAGCCAGCGGUCAUCUCGCCGGAGCUCAGAGACUUACUCCGCAAGGACUUUUUCUGGAAGACUCCGUCAUCGGAACCGUCUUAG